CUCUCUCUCUCUCUCCCUCAGGAUGAGUAUGGAAGGGACUGGCAGAGCUCUGAGGAGCUGGUUAGUCUCCACCACGCUCUGGGGGAGCGAGCGACACACUACACUAAGAGGCCUCACGUGUUCCGCCUGCAGACCCGCCGACUGGAGGGUGUUCCUCUUCCAGGCCUCCUCCCCAGCAGAGAUGUCCUCGUGGGUGAGCAGGAUCAACCUGGUGUCAGCGCUUCACUCCUCCCCCUCCUUCCCUGCUGCCGUGGGCUCCCAGAGACGCUUCCACAGGCCCAUCCUGCCCUCUGCACAGUCCUCACACACCCUGGAGCGUCAGCAGCAGUCCCAUGCUGCCAUGCUGCAGAGCUUCCAGGAGGACCUGGCCCGGCUCCGCCAGGAGGCCAGCGAGGGCAGAGGCCACACCUCCAGGGCUCGCUGGCUGGAGGAGACCCGCGCCAGGGACGAGUACCUCACCCACGAGGUGAGUCGUUACGAGGCGUACAUCGUCACCCUGAAGGCCUGGAACAGCGUGACCACAGACCCCGCCCCCCUCACAGACCCCGCCCCCCUCACAGACCCCGCCCCCCUCACAGAGCCCGCCCCCCUCAGAGAACAGCUGGAGCUCUACGACAAGGAGCUGUACAAGAACCAGGGGGAGGGAGGGGAGGGAGGGGAGGGGGAGGAGGGGCUGAAGAAGUCUCACUCCAGCCCCUCCCUCGACCUGGAGAUGGCCCCUCCCCUCGUGGUGAGAGUCCGACGCAACAUCUCGGAGAGACGAACCUACCGUAGGAUCAUCAUCCCCAGGCGGGCCCGCGACGUGUGACCGGAGAACUCUCUGCCGCCGCUAAGAACUGUGGGUACUGUAGUCCCAACUGAAGGGUCUGGGAGAGAAGUGAGAACUCCAACAUUUUCAUCUCUGAAAACUCGUUUUGAUACUUUUUGUUACAUCAACGUGGACUGGUUUAUGAAGACCUUCAUCUCUCCAGCCCUCCAUCCCUCCACCCUUCCAUCCCUCCAUCUCUCCACCCCUCCAUAUCUCCACCCCUCCAUCCCUCCACCCCUCCAUCUCUCUCUCUCCACCCCUCCACCCCUCCACCUCUCCACCCCUCCACCCUUCCAUCCCUCCACCCCUCCAUCUCUCCACCCCUCCAUCCCUCCACCCCUCCAUCUCUCUCUCUCCACCCCUCCACCCCUCCACCUCUCCACCCCUCCACCCCUCCACCUCUCCAUCCCUCCAUCCCUCCAUCUCUCCACCCCUCCAUCUCUCACCCCUCCAUCUCUCCACCCCUUCACCCCUCCAUCCCUCCACCCCUCCAUCCCUCCAUCUCUCCACCCCUCCACCCCUCCAUCUCUCACCCCUCCAUCUGUCACCCCUCCAUCUUUCACCCCUUCAUUUCUACACUGUCUGGAGUGUGUUCCUCUUCAGUCCCUGUAUUGAUCUCCAUCUCAGUGUUUCUGGUGUUGGCCACAGGAGGGCGCCACAUACCACCACAUCUAACAUGAAGGAUCCAACAUGGUUGACCACUUGAGUCAAACUCGCUUAUGUGUUCCGGUACUUUGUUAUUUUGUUGUUGAUAUUGCUGAUAUACAUUGUAUUUUUUAUUUUUCUAAUGCCGUUCUUUAGUAAAAUAAUUUUUAAAACUUUAA